AUGUCAGAUAUAAUGAUUGAUAAUCCACAUGGUGGUAUUCGUGAAUCAUGGUCUGAAGAGCAUCUUGUUCAAGCAAUAGUUUUACUUGAAGAUGCAUAUUCAUUUCGUUCAAUAGAACAUAAAUUAUCUCCACCAUAUAUCUUAAGACUCUAUCGAUUGUAUUGGUCAAAACGAUUUCAACGUUUAUUAACAUUUAUUGUAUCAUGUCAAUUGUUACUUAUAUUUAUUCAAUAUCCAUCAUCACUUAGUCGAACAUCUGAUUUACGUCAAGAUAGAACACGACUAACAUUACCAUGUGGAAUACAAUUAUUUACUGAAUUCGUGUGUCUUAUUGUAUUUUAUAUUGAUGCAAUUAUGCGAACUUAUUUAAUUGGAUUGAAGAAUGCACGAAAAAAGCCAUGGAUAAUAGCGAAUUUUCUUAUAACAACUAUAUCAAUGGUUGAUCUUAUUUUUUCCUGUAUAUUUGGUUGUCAAGGAAAAACAAUUAAUAUUCGAUUUUUACUUCGACCGUUUUAUAUGGCUGUAAUAUCACAAGAAAUGAAGAAAAUAUUUAAUAGUUUACGAAAAUCUUUUUUACAAAUUCUUAGUGUGACAAUUCUUCUUGGAAUCCAUGUUUAUUUUUUUUCUGUUAUUGGAAUGAUUUUAUUUCCACCAGCGAGAAAAGAUUCACCAAGUGAACGACCUAAUGAAGGAACAAAAUAUUUUCCUGAUUUUCCCGAUGCUUUACUUAAUUUAGUUGUUCUUUUAACAACAGCUAAUAAUCCAGAUAUAACAUUACCGGCAUAUUCAAAAAAUCGAUUAUAUAUUAUUUACUUUGCUGUUUUUCUUACAAUCGGUCUUUAUUGUUUAAUGACUCUAUUUACUGUUAUUAAAAUGAAUACAUUUAAAGAAUUCUUUACAACAUCAAUGCAAAAUUCAUUAUUUCGUCGUCGUUUAGCUGUUCGUGCUUGUUUCGAUAUUUUACUUGAACGUCAAGUUAUCCCAUCAUCAUCAUUAACAACAACAGAUGACACAACAACUUCACUUCUGACUCAACGAAUAACUCGAACAACAGCUCCAAUGUUAGUAUUAACACGUGUUAUAAAUGGUUCAGAUUUACCUGAACCUCUUAAAACGGAAUUAGUUGAUACAUUAAAACGAUAUGCUGGAGAAAAUAAUGAAGUUGGUUGGGAUAUGUUUGCAACAGCGAUGUUAUCAUUAGAUGCUGAUGUUCAAAAAUCGUCGGUUGUACAUCAUGAAUAUUCAGGAAUAUGGGCUUUAGUCCAAUUAAUUGGUGCUUCGAAAUAUUUAACUUGGUUUGGCAAUGCUAUUGGAUUAAUUAAUUUUAUUAUUUUAGUUGUUGAAGGUGCUCUUCGAUAUCAUCCGAAAUUUUUUACAAUUGAUAUUUUUUUAUCGAAUAUUUUAUUUUCAUUUUCUAUUUAUUAUUUUCUUGAAUCAAGUCUUAAACUUUGGUCACUUCGUCCAAAAGUCUUUUUUAAAUAUGUUUUCAAUACAUUCGAUGCUAUUCUAGCAGUUAGCUUAUUCGUUCUUCAUGUAGUUCAUUUAUCAAUCUAUGGAAUAUUAAGUAUUACAACAAGUGAAGUUGUACGUGAUGCUGCUGGUACAGCAAGUUCAAUAUGGGCAAUAACACGUAUUAUUAAUUUGUUUGUUAUUUUUCGAACAAUUCGUUCCAUGCCACAUUUUACUAAUUAUGGAAUUAUUAUGGGAACAAUUAGUGAUGGAAUGAGAAAUUUAAAAGCAUUUAUUGGAAUUCUUAUUUGCUUGUUCUAUAGUUAUGCUGUAUUAGGUAUGUGGCUCUUCAAUGGAGUUAUCAAACCACCGACACCCUCUGAUAUUAUAAAUGCAACAUGUGGAUCAUAUCAACAGAGUCAAUAUUGGGCAAAUAAUUUUGAUGACUUUUUUUCAACUGUUGUAGUUUUAUAUGAUGUAAUGUUAGUUAAUAAUUGGGGAGUUUUUUUAACUGCUCUUCGAGAAUUUUCUACAAGAUGGAGUCAAUUAUAUUUGGUUAGUUGGUGGUUCAUGUCAAAUGUUUAUAUCUUAGCACUUGUACUUGGAUUUAUUGUUGAAUUAUUUUCAUUAAAUGUUGCUCGAUUUGAAGAAAGCGGGUUUACUCAAGGACAAGAUGGUGUAGCAAAAACAUAUUUUGUUAAAACAUUAUUUCAUUUAUUUAAACGAAGUUUAAAAGAACCAUCGGAUGAUGAAAUCAAUGGUGCUCUAAUGAAAUACAAACGAUUAUAUGAUAAUGGACACGAAUAA